CUUAGACUUGAACCUUCCCUGCAGCUUUUAGGCGUUGAACUACCAGAAUUAAUCGUGGCUGUUUGAUCCAUCCAAAAGAGAGAAGAAGGGUUUCAUCAGGCUUUAAUGCUCAGUUCCCCAAAGCAGAUACUUGGGUCUGGUUCCCGAUAUGAAAUCAUACUUACGAUAGUAUGCGGGAACUUUUUCGCCGUGUUUAUAAAGAGCUUUCUCGCUUAGAUAUAUUUAUCCCCAAGGCGAAUAUGCAAGAAAAUGACUUCAAGCCGGUUCCUGUGACUGGCCAAAAGAAAUUGGUCCAGAUAAACUGCUUGUCCACAAUGCUGCUAGCUACCCUUCUUCCAAUUCUCAUGAUUAAAUCACUUCCAGGCCAACGAGGUUGACGUAAUAUUGUGAACUUGGGUACCGCAUGCGGUGCGAAAAUCAAUCGUCAGUGUGUUCCUGUCUUGUCUACUCUGUAUGAGAAAUCUUGAC